UGUGUCAAGCUGUGUACAACGCUGUAUUAAACCAAACAUAAUCUGUUGACGAUCUCGUCUAGACGCCUAACUUUAUGUUUUAUAGCCAUGAACUAAAGGCAAGAAGAUCAUUGUGAGCAAUGUCUGAAAUUGUCGACUGCAUUUCCUGGGUUGUUCAAAAGACAUGUUGGACAUUUUACGUCUUUUGCGAGUUCCUUUUUCUUCGCUUUCUUGAUCUUUUAGGUCUGCUCUUCAAUAUUUUAGCUUGUCUAACGAUCAUACGGCUGCCAUGCAUGAUAAAACAAUUUGCAAUAAUGAAGUCUAUGUCAGAUUGGCGUUUGAUUGGUUUCAUUCAAUGCCUGAUUUUCAUAAUGGACAUUCCAAUCAUACUAAUGGCUUUUGGUGCCUUAAUAAUCUCAUUUGGGUUGGUAUAUUUUCCCAUGAAACGAGAAAUUGAAGAGAAACGAAUAAAAUGCGACUACACGUAUAAAAACGAUAGUAACAUAUAUUUUGGAGGAUUCAAACUACGAAAGUUGGUUGUUCGUUAUUUUUUCAAACAUUUGACAGGAAUGUUGUGUAUCCCUUUGCUUCUGUUAACAUUGUUAUCUUGGCGCUCUGUGAUUUUGGCACGGAAACUUCGUUCACACAAUUAUUUUAAAUGGAAAUGGCGUAAAGUUAUUCUCGUGCAGUUUCUUCAAUUGUUUGUUGAUAUUCCUUGCGUUUUUGUCGCUUUUUUUGUUGUCAUAAGUUGGAGAUUACCGUUCUACAUUCGCGACGUCAAUAAAGUACGAGAAGAUCAUAGUUGGAGUACAUGGCGUUUUGUUGCCUUUGCACAUUUCGCCCUUUUAUUUGUUGAUCUGUUUUGUUUCUUGCUGUUCAUCCUCACAGUCAUUACAUGGCGUUUACCACUUCUGAUUAAGGAGCUUCGUGGUGACUCCUGCACGAGCCAAUGGGAUGUCAGAACUAUUGUAGUCAAACAAUUCUUGCUAAUCUUUGUUGACAUCCCAUGUAUUUUUUGUUUCUUUCUUGUUUUGAUAACCGUAUGGAGACUACCCAGAUUUAUCAAGAACUUGAAGAAGGACGAGUGGGAAAUUCGAAGUAAUUGUGUCUACCAGGCAUUAAUGAUGAUGGUGGACUUUGUCUGUUUCCUAAUCUUUGGGAUGGUUCUGCUUACUUUAUGGAGAUUGUAUCCAUUAAUCAGGGACAUUCGAAAGUACAAGAAACAGGGGUUCGUCUCAAAUCCACCAGAUACAGCAGAGACUUCGCAUCAUGAACCAGAGUCUGACGUUGUCUCACGCAGAUCUUCGUGGAAAAUCAGAAAAGCAAUUUGUAAACAUUUCAUAUUUUUAUUGAUUGAUAUACCAGCAAUUUUGCUUUCCACGCUGGUGUUAGUCACAAUAUUUAGGCUUCCGUCAUUCCUCGCGAAGCUUAUUCAAUCUGGGGAUUUUUACUCGGAGUUUGCAAUGAUUGCUUUCAUGGAAGUUGCUAAACUUCUUAUUGACAUCGUGUUUUUGUUUUUCUUCAUAUUCCUGAUGAUACUACGUCCAUUUGCAUCGUGGGUUCACUUACUGGAAGACGAGGAACAUAUGCAAUAUCGCCAUAUUCGUUUUCAUAUGAAAGGAAUUUCUCAUAUGGUAAAAGAAAUUAGAGAAAAUUUGCAGAUUGCGUUAGAGGAAGAGUUUUCGUUGUGUUUGAAAGACAGAGUGGAUGUCAUACAAGCUCGCACACGUUUAUCACAAAUAUGUGAAUUUUACUUGAAGCCGUGGGAAUUAUUGCACGUCAAAGUGCUGGAGAAUGAUGCUUAUCCCGAUCUUGCUCAUUUGAUAGCGACGGUAAUCUGGUAUGAAAGACGUAGACCUUACAAGGUGAUACGUCGGUAUGCUUGUGAACUGUCGUAUCUUGAAAAACCAGUGCCAAGUGUUCACGAUGAAAAUAUCGCCAGCCACCAGCAGGAAAUGAUUGAAUAUGAGGAAAAACUAAUUGCACUGUACAACUUACUUCGGGAAUACAGUCCUCCUAAAGUACCAUUAUGGCAAACCAAAUGCGGACUUUUCACUAGGAGUCGUCGGGAAACUCAGAAGGUGCUGUUAGGCUUACCUGGUGGAAACAUUGUAAAUUUCAUUUUAAUACUGAUCAAUUUGAUUUUCGUAUAUCGUGGCCCAAGGCUUCUUAUUGAUCUUUACCAUCGCUGGUACGACCGUCGCUCUAUCAUAUUACGUUCACUUAAAGAGUAUCUUUUAGAUGCAGUGACAUUUCUCAGAAUUUUGAUCGUCCUGAUAUUUGUUUAUCGCGCUCCUGCUCUCAUUCUUGACAUAACAAUUGAUAUAUUUCAGAAGCAUAGCUGGACAGCAGUCAGGGUAACUGCCAAACGGUAUCCACUUAUGAUAAUUGACGAUAUAACUGGCAUUAUAACGACGAUAUUUGGUUGGCGGACUGUACGUUUUCUGUUUACCGCUGUGCUCUUCGGUAUUUUAAUUCCUGCUGAUGUCCUGUUAACAGUAUUUAAGCUUUCGUUUGAUAAAUGCACGGCAUAUUUGCUUUCAGCAUUCUUAUUUCUCGUCUACAUGGGAUUCCCGUUUGCAUUUGCUUUUUAUUUUGGUGAACAACUCUUGAACGAUGGCUUUGGAAUAAUAAUAUCGUAUAUUAUUGGAGGAUAUGGUUUAUCGUUCGUUGUCGUCCUCGUGCUUUUAAUAUUGAUAUUACUAAAAAAUCGAGGAACUAAGUUUUCAGUGGCUCCAGAACCGUAUGACUAUGUUCGCUUGAAUUGGGAAAAUGUGCACGUGGUGGUGUUCGAGAUUGUUGAAGUACUGCAAUUAAUAGCACUUGUUUUCAGCUUGAAUGAGUUGCCAAUGGCUGGCAGUGAAGUCCUCAACGAAUUUUCCAACUACCUUCUCUUCAAUUUUGCCUCAUUCGAAGUUAAGCUGUCACUUACCGUUGCAGGAUUUCUUGUUUGGUUUGUCGUAUGCGGUGCGCCGAUCAUAUUCGAGAAUAUCUUAGAAGAAUUCAACGAAGGAGAGUGUGCGUCAAAUCCAGGAUGGAGACUGCUUAUGUCCCUGUUCUCCAAUACGCUAUUUCUCUCAAUUGUUGAAGGAUUGUGUGGCCUAGCAGCGUGCGAUUACUCUGACAAUGUUUGCAACAACAAUGGGACUAUCACCAACAGCACGUGUUAUACAUCUUCUCUUCUUGACGAUCCAAACACAAUGUGUUGGGUUGGAAAGCAUCGGGGUUUCGCAUUAUUUGGUCUCUGGGGGUUAUUUUGGUACACCACAACCGCUAUAAUAUACGGUACAGAAUAUGGUGAAGUCGAUAGUGCCAAUGUGGACAUCAAGUUUUCGCCAGUAUAUAAUACGGUAAUGAAUUUUCUAAAAGCUGUUAUGAUUGGAGCAGUUGUGUUGAUUUCAGCAAACCAUUACACGACAUUGGGAAUUCUUCUUGUACUGUCUUUGGUUGCAGUAUUAUUUACAAUUUUCUUCAAGCGGUUGGUCGGAUUCGUAUUUUGUAACUCCGUUGUUGUGAGUUACUUUCGUGUGGCAUCAUUUGUUAUCCUAGGAUUUUCCGUGGCAUCUGCCUUAGUCGCAAAACGUUUGGAUGACAGAGAUUCGUACAUACCACUAGCAGUGUUUCUUGUAUCAAGUUUUGGAACAUUACUUGUCGCCUGCAUUGCAUCAAUAUUUCGUAAAAAGCAAACUGCUACAGAAAAACUGCGAAAACAAUUUAGGGCGUAUAUUUUGACGCUUGAAAAACGUUUAACUAAAGAGGAUUUAAUGUCAGCUUCGUGGAAAGAUAAACGAAUGCAAUGGAGACGGCUUGUUCGAAAUGUUUAUCAAGCUCAACGGUACGAUCGAAAUGUUGCCCCUGAAGUCUGGGAAAGAUUAGGACAGUCGGAAACAACAGAUGAUUAUACAGCCCCUCCAGCACCUCCACCGGACUUUGCUGUACAUUUGUCAUCCAACACACCCACUUCAGAAACAACCAAAGAUUAUACAGCACCUCCCAACAUUCCUCCGCCUAAAUUUGUUACACAACACCCUGGCUCUUCUCCAGCCCAUCCAAAGGAUCUAUCCUUGCCUGAUUCAACAGUAGGGGAAAUUUCAUCCAAUGCAGAAGUUAAUUCUGCAGGAAUCCAAAUCCAGCUUGAAGAUACCGAGGGCGUCACUACUGCUAAUGCUGCUUUACCUUCAACUGAAAUUAUAUCUGUGAUGCCUGAACACUAUACAGGAAAGUAUGACUUGAAUGACUUUUUAGAAAGCAGAGUACGAAAUUUGUCGCGCCUUCAAAACAGAGGUGACGAUGCAGAAGAAAGCGAGGCUGCAACGAUUCGUCACUUGCAAUGUAAUGGCAAAAAUAUUCUCCUGUUCUUGGAACGCUUUAUUCGUUUUAGUGCAUUCUCGUUCUCUUUUGUUUCUCAAAUACCAUUUUGGCGUCAAGCAGUGUCUGGUAGUAACUGGACAGGUUUAUUCCACUGUGUUCAGAUAUUGGAUAAAGCUCUGACAGGAGAAUUCAACAAACCUACGGAACUCGACAUAUCUUUGGGUAAUCCAAACAUGCUUCCAGGUGUUCUCGGUCCUGACCCUGACAACGAAAUGCCCCCUUCCUUUACUCCAGAACCACGAGAUCCUGAAAGUAUCAAAGGCAUAUCUGAUGCUGAAAGAGAACGGGCGUUGCGUGAUGUUCAACGACUGUGUCCUGAAGAACCUACUUGGUUAGCGGUGUUUGAAAAGGUCCUCCCAACAAUCCCUAUUAUCCGCAAGUGGAGUCUGCCGGAAAACUCCAAUAAUUUUGAACUCAUUUUACGGCGACCUUGCCAGGCUACAGUUGUUGAUGUUGGUCCCAAAGGUGUAAAACUUGCAAAAGGAGCCGUCAUUGUCCUUCCUAAACGUCUCAAAGGUGUUUUGUUUGAUAAUCUUCUAACUUUUGAGAAACGUUGUGAACCGGUUGGAAAGAAAGGCCCUGUGUCCGUUGCUGUUUCUGAAAUCAAAAUUCUAAAUGUUGGAGAGAAAAUUUAUCUCAGUUCUAAUGGGAAAAAAAUCAACGUUGAGAAAGCAAUUGAUUCCUUGAAAUCACUCAAGUGGAACUAGUUUACUUGGUAAUCAGUAUAAUAAUAAUGAGAACAUAUUUACUUUUAAGUAAAGAUCAGGGAGGGGGCUAAUAUUCAUACAUCCAUGUUCAGCUUAAAUCGAUUGUUUUUACGAUCUGUUAACAUAAAUAUUUGAAUAUUUGCGCCCUCCCCCACUUAACGAGCUUCCGUUGCUACUGUUUUGAUUUGGUAAAUGUUUGAUAUCUGCAAUUUCCUUGAAAUCUGGUGUUUUCUGUCUUAAGUCCCACUCACUGUACCUCACUCGCUAACUAUUUAAACUCACGUAAGAUGGUGAAGCCGAAAAAACUGGUUUUAAUGAUAUACAAUUUAUAAGUUUCCGACGAAAAUAUUUCCGAAAACACUUCAAAAAUGGCGCCUGAAAACGCUUUAAAAAUUUGCACAACCUCGUACCUAGGACACAGCUUCGUAGAGUUCCAAAGCCGAUCUAUAUCAUUGACCUACCUACCCUACCUAACCACUUUAACGAGUCUGGCCUUGGCUUACCUAGAAUUUGGUGAUAGAUGUAUAAUUAAUUGUAUAGCUAAAAUAUUCUGUAAAGACUAAGUAAUAGUAUUAAUAAUUCGCACCGUUUUUUGAAACACACCCGCUCUCAGAGUGUCACGUAUUUUGUGAGCGGCCCCGAAAAUCUAUCUGAAGUGUUUCCGCACAUUAAUAAAGAUGUCUCACUUGUGACUUGUGGAUGUGAAUUGUAAGUACACCUUAUUGAAUCAAUUUGAAUGCAGCGGGUAGCGGAGGUCUUCUCACCGACUCACCCUUACUCAAUUAGGUACUAGCUUCACCAGAGACCGAGAGGGGAAAGCUUUAAAUAUAUUAUAAGUUUCUGCUUCGCCACUGCUUCCAUCCCGCCUGUUGCCAAGAUCUCGCUUUUAAUAGGGUAAUAAAAAUUUCGAUAUUAAAAAAACUCCCAAAAAAGCUGACCUUUUGCAUUUUACGCAUUCGGACUUGAACAUGAUAUGAUUAUGAAGAACCUCAGGAACUUAACGCAAUGUUUUUGGGUCACGUCGAAUGAACCCCGCCUUUCGCCUAAUCGAGUGUUCUCUGGUUAGAAGUAAUUUAAAACUCGGAAGCACAUAAAAGCUAUAAAACAAGGUGUCUUAUAGGAUUAUAGCGCCCUGGAAGCACUGAUCAUG